GCGGCUCUUGCGAAGAGGCGCGUAGCUCCCCCACGCCAGCCGCCUCUCCUGCAGACCGGCCCCGGGAGCGCUCGGAGCCGCUGCCGCCCUCCCGCAGCUCGUGUCCGGCGCUGUAGCCCCUGCCCGCGCCAUGGGCGGCUCUGCCUCCAGCCUGCUGGACGAGAGCAAAUGCAGCUACAUCCGAGGGAAAACCGAGGCUGUAAUCAAAAACUUCAGCCCACACUACCAACGCCAGUAUGCUGUUGCUUUUUGUAAGCACAUACAAAAUGAACUGGAACAGCACCGAAACUUCCAGUCUCAAUUCCUGAAAACCAAGCCCCCUGUGGAAUCUGGGAUGAUCUUGUAUGAAGCAGAGUUGUUGCAUUUUGCUGAAGAUCUGAAGAAAUGGAAGGAGAGAUAUAUUGUGAUCAGAAACGACUAUGCAGUGCAGAGCUUUGAGAGCAAAGAGGCUUACCAGAAGGGAGUCAGCCCUAAAUAUCGUAUUCUUCCUGCAGGAGGCAAAGUACUGACCUCAGAAGAAGAUUACAAUUUGCUGUCUGAUAAGCAUUUUCCAGACCCAGUUGCUUCUAAUGAGAAGGAAAAUGCCCAGGCAUUUGUUCUCCUGCCAAAAGAGUUUCCAGUUUACCUGUGGCAGCCCUACCUCAGACACAGUUACUACUGUUUCGAGGAUCCAGAAGCUCAGCAACAAUUUAGUGCAGUGCUGAAUGACUGUGUCAGACACUUAAACCAAGAUUUUCUCAAGCAGACCACGUUUGACGCGCAGGCAUUUUUAGAAGCCGUCCAGUUCUUCCGUCAGGAGAAAGGCCACUAUGGGUCUUGGGAAAUGAUAACUGGCAAUGAAAUUCAGAUCUUGAGCAACCUUGUGAUGGAGGAGCUCCUGCCUAACCUUCAGACCAUGCUCCUGCCUAAAAUGAAAGGAAAGAGGAAUGAUAGGAAGAGGGUUUGGUUUGCGAUUGUAGAAGAAACAUACAAUCUGGUCCAGGAGCAGGUUUCAGAAGGAUUAAACACCUUGAAGGAAGAAUGUAAAGAUCUUACAAAGAAUCUAGAAGGAACCAUUCGUUCAGACAUGGAUCAGAUUUUGAACUCAAAGAACUAUUUAGCUGGAAAAAUCAAAGCAACAGUUUCCGAGCCGGCUGAGAAGUGCUGCAUGGAGAAUAUCCAGCCAUUUUUGCCUUCCAUAUUGGAAGAGCUCAUGGGCCCAGUGAGCUCUGGAUUCAGUGAAGUCCGUUUGCUCUUUGAAAAAGAAGUUAAUGAGAUCAGCCAGGACUUCCAGAAGACAAAUGAUGCCACAAAGCUGAAGGAAAAUUUGAAGCAGCUGAUGAACCUGCCAUUCAACUCUGUGAAAAUGGAACCUUGCUAUCUGAAAGUCAAUCUCCUCCAGGAAGAACUCCAGGACCUCAAGAGCCGCUUCAAAUUCUACCAUAUUGAUUUUGUGGUUCAGAGGACGCAGAACUUCAUGCAGGAGCUUAUGGAAAAUGCAGUGUAUACUUUUGAACAACUUCUCAGUCUGAGUAGCCAAGGAGAUACAGUGCAAAUUUCAACUGCCAUUGAAAAAGUCAAACUACGAGUACUAAAGCAAUAUGAUUAUGACAGCAGUACUAUACGGAAGAAAAUAUUUCAGGAAGCAUUGGUACAGAUCACAUUGCCCACAAUGCAGAAGACACUGGCUUCAGCUUGCAAACCAGAGUUGCAGAAAUAUGAACAGUACAUCUUUGCUGAUUACACCAGAGUGAUACAAGUAGAGAAUGUCUAUGAAGAGAUUUUAUUUCAGACAUUGCUUGAUGAAACCCUAAAAGUAAUAAAAGAAGCUGCCAUUCUGAAGAAACACAACCUUUUUGAGGACAACGUAAACUUGCCUUAUGAAAGUGUGUCCAGUUUAACUGACUUGAAGACCCCUUCAGGAUCAGCACAAGCCAGUCCUGCUAAGAAACUAUCCACCACUUUAACAGAAACAUCAGAUACUGAAACUCAAAGUAAUGAACUGCUUGUUGUGUCAGAAAAAAUGAUCCAGGAGAAGUGUCAUGAUGCUAGAAAGCCAUCAGACAAUGAAGAAGCAGUUUAUGUCAAUGUGUCGAGCAGUCCUGCAAUUAGUAGAGAAAAGGUGAUCAGUACAGACAUCACUGACAAACCGGCGUCUCAUCCUAUUACUCCUAAGGAAGAAAAGGAUGUGGAGGAAAUGAUAACUUCCCAGAAUGAAAAUGCGGUGGAGACCAAGUUUGGAGGGAACACUGAAAAAGAAAAUAAGGUACAAGAAGAGGAGAGAAGUCUUACAGCCCCUGGUACUGUGAAUGAGAUCAGAAGCUUGCUGAUGGUGACAGUUGAAUUACCAGCAGUUGCUCCAUCUGAGAACAAAAAGGAAGUGGCAAAUGAAUAUGAAAUUUUGAAGUGGCAAGAACAUGGUGAAGAGAGUGAUGAAAACAGCAAAACUAAUGCAGAAACCGGUCAAACAGACCAGGUAGUGAAUAAAGAAGUAGAACAUUCUGAGCUCAAGGUGGAGCAGCCACCUCCAUCCAGUUUUGGUACAGGCGAUAUGAAAUUAAUGAUCAUUUCAGAGGCAGGCAACCAUGCGACUCAAGCAGAAUGUUUGGAGGUCGCUGAAAAACUAGAUGUGUCUCAAGAGUCAAAGGCAGAAAUGGAGACCAACCAAAGUGUCUGGUAUACUGGUCUGGAAAGCUGCAAAGGUCUUCAUGACAAAUCGCAACCAGAGGCACACACCGAAAGCAUAGUUGGAGACAGAAGAUCUGAUCUGGAGGAAGCAGGUGAAGAUCACAUUCAUGCUGACCCAAUGGAAACAGAGGCUGAGAGCUUUCCUGGGUGUUCUGCUGAAAGUCCUGAUGCAAUACAAGUACCCAUUCUGAGUAUUGAAAACUUAAGAAUAGAAACAACUAAUGAUUUUCAGGUUUCACUAGUGCUAGAGGAAGAGGAGCUUAGCACGGCAGAGGUUACAGUCGAUAUUAAAUCUGAAAGCUUUACUGUUACUGCAAGUGAUGAGUGUCAGCCAGCAGGUGCACCUUCUCUACGUGCUGAAAUCACAAGCUCAGUAGGAAGUGAAACUGUCACACAAGAAAACAGUGAGGAGAGCUCUACAGAGCAGCACUCUGAAGAGUAAAAAGUGUUCUUCAGAAAUAUACAGCCCAAUCCUGCAGCCAUUACUCGCUCCAGCAGUUCUCUUGAAGUCAGGAAUAUUCACAUGAGUAAAGACUGCAGGAAUGGGCCUAAUUGCAGUGUUGCCAACUCUUGCAGUUUUAUCACAAGUUUUGCAGUACUUGGAGGGUUUUGUUGCAGGCCCAGUUGCUGGAAUCAGGUUAUUACCUGCGAAUCUCAGCUUUCAUUUAAAAAAAAGGUAAAUUUCUAGCCCUCAUUGUGGAGAAAAGCUUGAAAGCAUGACUCCCUAAAUGCUUGAACACGUCAAGGCAAAUAAAAAGAACCAAAAAUUUAUAAAUCUCACAAAUUUUAAGACAACUUUAUGUUUUUUGGGGGGCCGACUCAUGUUUUUUGAA